UCUAAUAUUAUUGAGAAUAAUAUUAAUAAGGCGAAAGUAAAGAAUACAAAAUUCAUGAAAUUCUGGGACAUUGGCUCUGACAGUAAAAGUAUGGAUACAGGCAAAUCUGCAGAGUAUCCUCAUCAGCUUCCUCCCCCAUUGUCUUGGUUUGGAAUAUUCAACUUCCCGUUAGUUCACUUAUUUCACUAUCACAAUUUUGAAACUCUUGUUGAGAAUGAGAAUAAUUGAUCUGAGCACAAUGAAGAAGACUUUUGGAUAGCUAAACUAACUUGAAAAUCCUCCAAAAGCCCUAAAAAGGAACAUCAAGCCGCCUUACAGUCCCAGCGGUAGGACUCUGCAAGGUCUCAUCUCCUGCCUCGGCUUUGCAUAAUAGCUAACUCGGUCUCUCCUCCAUUUACUUGUUUUGUAUAAAUCAAUUAUUUAC